ACCUUCAUAAAUGGCCUUCUUUGCAAAGUCUCUUGCGGCUAUAGCAUGCAUCGGCAUUGCUUCCGCUCAGACAAGCAGUCAAUACUGUGACUCGACCAGCGGAAUCUGCUAUCAGGGAUAUUCUGACCCUGUAAUGAAUGUUACAGUCGGACUUGUGUUCCCUCCCUCGACCACUCCUCCAUCGGAUGAAUACAUUGUUCAAAUUAUAGCGCCAGCUAGCUAUGGAUGGUCCGGCGUAAGUGCAGGCGGAACAAUGGCGGACAGUCUAUUGUUCACUUGAUGGCCUUACAAUGAUCAAAUCAUGCUCGGGACACGGUGGACGUCUGGUUAUGUGAUGCCGCUGCCUUACGCAGGUCCAAAAGUUACUCUGCUCCCGGAUUCGACGGUCAAUAGUACCCACAUCAAAGCGUCCUUCCGUUGCCAGAACUGUACCGUCUGGCAAGAUGGAUCCAUGGGUUCCGGAGACCUAAACAGUUUCCAAUUGAUCGCAUAUGUCGCAUCAUACACUACCAAGGUUUCCGAUCCCUCAGAUGUUGAUUCUGAUAUGCAGGAGCACGAUGACUUCAACUUCUUUGUGGCGGCUCUCAAACUUCAACGGCAAGAUCACCUCCAACCAUGUCCACUUCGACCCAGCACGACUGCUCCCGCAACUACCACUACUAGUGCUAACGGUGCUACUCAGACUGCGUAUGGACAGUGCGGCGGAACUGGCUGGACAGGGCCCACAAGUUGUGCAGCUGGGUUUACUUGUACAAAGUACAGCGAUUAUUAUGCGCAGUGCACUCCUUGAAGUUGAUCAUCUUUGUCUAUGCCAUUUCGUUACUGUACUACGUACCCACGAUUGUCUCC